AUGUUGGGUGCCUGCUUUGGUCGACUCUUCGGUCUGUGGGUCGGCGACUGGGCCUCCAACCCUGGUGUGUACGCUGUUAUGGGCGCUGCUGGUAUGAUGGCUGGCUUUACUCGUAUGACCAUCAGUCUUACAGUCAUCGUCAUCGAGCUGGUUGGCGACUUACGACUGCUUCCUGCAGUGAUGGUUACUGUAGUUGUGUCGAAGCAAGUGGCUGAUAUGUUCAACAAGGGAGCGUACGAUAUAGUAUCUGAGCUCCGUGGGUACCCUUAUAUCGAGGAGCUCAGUAUUUACGAUGAACGUAAUAUGGCUGGUCGUGAUGUAACCUAUCGGAUGUCAGCGGCGCCCUUGUCUGGUUUUGGCGAAGUUGAGAGUCUGGGCAGAAUCCAGGAGGUGCUCUCGAGCUGCACUCACAAUGCUUUCACUAUUCAGGAUCACAGUCACAGGCUUCUAGGUGUGGUAAUGCGGUCCAACAUCGUUGAUUGGGUAAACGGACAGGGUGGUGUCGUCUCUGCUAAUACUCGACUGAACUUGCUCGAUCUCACGAACCGCACCCCGACAAUAGUAUCAGAGCUAACACCACUGGCUCAAGCCUAUACCAUAUUCCGUAAUUUGGCCCUGCGACAUAUGAUUGUGGUGGAUAAGGACGACGCUAAUCGUGUGGUUGGUAUAGUUACUCGGAAGGAUAUCGUUGAAAGCAUGGAGGAUGCAGCUGAGGAUUAUAAGAGAUCCAAAGAUGGUGAUGAUACCAUGUCUCAACGUUCCUCAACGGCAGCAGCCUCUUGUUCUCUUGAUGGUGCCUUGUGA